AACACAAGAGCUAAAAUGUCCAGUUUUUCCAACACCUUCAGCGCCUAUACGAUGACGCAGCUCAACGAAAUUCUGGAGGACGACGAAAAACUCACGAAAAUGGUUCAAGAGAUGGAUGAGAUGCAGGAGGUCCAGCAGAGCAAGGAGAAGACACUGGUUAACAACCGAACCUUGGCCGAGCAAAACCUUACCCUGCAGCCCAGACUGGAGCACAAGAAGGAGCACCUCACCAAGCGCUACAGCUGUCUUCAGGAGAGUUUUGAGUCCUAUCAGCUUCGCAAGUCCACUCUAGACCACAAGUCGGGAAACACCUCUCUGGACACUUUGCUGGCCCUACUGCAGGCGGAGGGAGCCAAAAUAGAAGAGGAGACAGAGAAUAUGGCUGAUUCAUUCCUGGAUGGCGACAUGACCCUGGAUUCCUUCAUUGAUGCUUAUCAGAGCAAGAGGAAGCUAGCCCACUUGAGAAGGGUGAAAAUCGAGAAGCUGCAGGAGGUGGUGCUGAAGGGCCAGCGGCUCCCCCAGGCGUCGGUCCCUACCUCUCGAUCUCAGGAUGUUUCAGCAGCGGCCUCCCUCCUCUCCGAGGCCAGCAGCAGCCUCUCCCCUGUCCCCCAGCCCAGGAGGAAACCCCCACCUCCUCCAUCCCAGCCAGCCCCAAUUCUAAAUCCAAAUCUAGCUCCAGCCACUGUCCCCCAGCCUCCUGUGUUCUACUCAGCAUCACCAUACCCACCAAUUCCUCCCAGAACAGGCCAACCCUUCCCCAGUGUCUCCUCUGGUUACCCUAACCAUUUCCUAUCUCAGUACCCCCCUGCUUUGCCACAGAGGCCCCCACCUCGUAUGGUGCCGCAGCCUGGCUUCAUCAUGCAGUAAAUAAAAGUAGUUGCCACUCAGAAGACACAGUGUGUGUUGUGGACUUUUCACCACUGGGACUCCUCUGAGAACUAUUUUUCUAUGUCGUCUGCCUUCUUGGAUCACGACCAGUCACACCAUAAGAGGGCAGACCUGCGCUGGCUGGUCUGGUCACGUUCAGCUGAAGCAGACCUCCUAUAAUUUCUGUGGAUUCGUGCUCACCUCUCACUCCCAUCUACACUCCCAACUAACAAAAAGACGUGACGAGAUCCGCCUUGACUCUCACUAGCCUGGGUUCCUUCAGAGGAAGGGCCCACCCGGGCUAUAGUGAAACAAGUGUCACUCUGUGGGUCACUGAGCUGGGACUUGUCAUAUGUUGGCACUUUCUGUCUCCAUGCAGUGUGCUCAACUCUGCUGGCCCAUCAGUUUUCAGUCUCUCACCUCCCUUGAAACAUGUUCAUCAAGCUUUUAUGGAAGACUAAAGUCAUUCAAAAAAGGGUUUGACUUUUCAUCUUCAUCUGCAGAUACUAAUUUACUGGUAUUGUAUAUGCAAGCAAAGAGAGACCCUAAUUACUGUGCAGUUCUGAUGAAAAUGUCAUUUCCCAGAAUAUAGUCAGGCGAAAUUGCAUCUACUGCAUAUUCUGCAUCUAUGCUGUUAUUAUUAUUUUUUUUUUAAUAUAAAAAUUCACAAGGUACAUAGAAAUAUUGAUUCUCAGCAUCUUUUUAGUACUAAUGGAGUUAGGUUAAUAAUAGCCUGGAUAGACUGAUUAACAUGUAAAGGAGGGCUUUGGUUGAUGUAUCUCUUUUUCAAUAUGUGCAUGUGUCUAAAGAGAGUCCGGACCUGCCUGGUUCAAGAUGGCUGACUCUUGCACUUGGUCCAGCUCAGGGCAGAAGUCAAAAGGGAGUUGAAGGAGAGGAUUUUGGCUUAACUAUUGUAACAAAUCACUAAACCUUUUGAGCCUUGCCUGAAAUGAAGGAUUAAUGUAUAGCCAUACAGUACACUUAACGUGUGUUGUUUUCUGGGUUUCUGUUGUAAUGCAACACUCCCUUAUGAUGUCCAUUGUCCUUAACACCCUCAGUUUGAAUUGGAAAUGAUGCCAACAGUUCUGUGAAUCUCAUACACAUGGUUCUGUUCAGUUUUCUUAGACACUGAGCACCAAAGACUCCCCACAUCACCCUGUGUUCAAAGUUUUUUGCUACUUUUUUUAUAUAUACUUUUUUUGUAACCAUGCAAGCCAGAUUUCUUCAGGAGGAACUGGCAAAAUCAGUCUCGCUUUGGGAGGAAAUGUGUUUCUGGUGCGAUUUUUUAAAAAUUCAUUUUUUUUCCUCCCAACUGCUGUCGCUGUGCACUGUUGAAGAGCCACGAGUGCCUACACUUGAAGUCACGUUAAUCACGUCCUGCUGAUCACUCCAUGUUUCUCCAUGCUCAGCUCUAGAGGUUAGUGCCCCCCCCUCAGCAUUUGGUCUUCUCCUCCUGGUACUGAUUUCACGUUCCACCAGAAGGUAGAAAAAGGCAGUGUCUGACUGUUGGUCUGUCAGGUUUUGCUUUCUCACUAAAAGCAGAAUAGAACAAUUACGUACAUGUGCCAGAGCGACAAGAGACACCCGCAGGCGUGUGCCUAGUGGUGCUAUUGCUUCUCUUCCUUUCUUCCUCCAUUGUAUUGAGGUUUGACUGGGGUGAAUUCAGAGAUUUUUGCAUGUGCUGUUAUUGCUGUUUGUUUUUUUUGGUUUUGUUUUUUUAAAUUGGUAAAAUAACAGGGCUUUUGUGUCAUAUAUUGGUGAUAGUACUUUACUUCAAGGCAAAGAGGUGGACCAUAGAGUGGACAAAGUAUGCUUAUCAGCAGGCAAAACAGAAGGAGCAGAAGCUAAAGCAUCAAUGUUUUGAUGAACCAGCAUUCUAACUAACAACUAACAAUGGAUAAUUCUUUUGUGCAUGGCCUUUGCUCUUUGUGUUCAGUCUGAAGAUUCCUCUUCAGUUUUUUUUUUUUUUUUUAGCUGUUGCGCUGCUUUUUACAUUUGAACUGAUCCACUGUAUCCAUGGUAAUAUAUGUGGUUGGUGAUAUUUUCAGUGUAAUGUUGUAGGUAUUUACUUUUAAUGAAUGUUUAAGUGGAAUUUAA